CCAUGCGGUCUGAUUGGCUGCCUGCUGACAUCCCCAAGCCCUGCACUUUUUAAUAGACGCUUUUGGAUGAUCUACAGGGAAAAGGCUUGGAGAGGUGUGUUUCUGACAAGCCAGAAAGUCAUCCGCACUUCAAGGGACUUUGUUUAACUCUUUUUUUUCUUUUUUUUUUUCCUUUUUUUUUUUUUUUUCCUGGAAGGGGGGCUGUUCUUCAUUUUCACACUUAAUGUUUUUCUGAAAACUUCGCUGAGAUUUUCCCCUUGCACCAGCCUGGACUAAUGGAUUACCACCUGCUUGGAUUAAUUUUAUCUUUUCUCUUCAGUGGCACAAAGGUCUUAGCCGGUUACCCAAUUUGGUGGUCCCUCGCAUUAGGCCAGCAGUACAGCUCCCUGGGGUCCCAGCCCAUCCUCUGCGGCUCCAUCCCUGGCCUCGUCCCAAAGCAGCUCCGCUUCUGCCGGAACUACAUAGAAAUCAUGCCCAGCGUGGCAGAGGGCGUGAAGCUGGGCAUCCAGGAGUGCCAGCACCAGUUCCGAGGCCGCCGCUGGAACUGCACCACCAUUGAUGACAGCCUGGCAAUCUUUGGGCCUGUCCUGGACAAAGCCACGCGAGAGUCUGCCUUUGUCCACGCCAUCGCGUCAGCCGGUGUGGCCUUCGCUGUGACCCGCUCCUGUGCCGAGGGCACGUCCACGAUCUGCGGCUGUGAUUCCCACCACAAAGGGCCUCCAGGAGACGGCUGGAAAUGGGGGGGAUGCAGCGAGGAUGCCGACUUUGGUGUACUGGUGUCCCGGGAAUUCGCAGAUGCUCGAGAGAACCGGCCAGACGCCCGCUCGGCCAUGAACAGACACAAUAACGAGGCCGGCAGGACGACCAUUCUGGACCACAUGCACCUGAAAUGCAAGUGCCAUGGUCUCUCGGGAAGCUGCGAAGUCAAGACCUGCUGGUGGGCCCAGCCUGACUUUCGGGCCAUUGGUGACUACCUGAAGGAUAAAUAUGACAGUGCUUCUGAGAUGGUGGUUGAAAAGCACCGGGAAUCUCGGGGAUGGGUAGAAACUCUUAGGGCCAAGUAUGCUCUUUUCAAGCCACCGACAGAGCGGGAUCUGGUCUACUAUGAGAACUCCCCCAAUUUUUGCGAGCCCAACCCAGAGACAGGAUCCUUUGGGACAAGGGACAGAACAUGCAAUGUCACCUCGCAUGGGAUUGACGGCUGUGACUUGCUGUGCUGUGGUCGUGGCCAUAACACCAGAACUGAGAAACGGAAGGAGAAGUGUCACUGCAUCUUCCACUGGUGCUGCUACGUGAGUUGCCAGGAGUGCAUACGUGUCUACGACGUCCACACCUGCAAGUAAACACAGGCAGGUUUCCAACUGUUGGGAGGUUGCUACAGAGCAGGGCCAGGGAGUCACCAGCCCUGGGAUCAGCCUCUACAUGGUGGCCUCACACUUCAGAGGAUGGCACAAAAAAAUCCUAGUGCUCUUGGCCAAUUUGGUCGGAGCAGACACCCUCCUACCACCAACCGCAGCGCUGCCGAGAGGACUCACAGCAUCACCCAGCCUCACCCACACAAGACAGUUCGAGGCUAGGCCCGACACCGCAGACACAUGAGAUCACUUAUCUGCUGACUUUCCUCAUGCUGCUUGGCAUGACAGGCUGUCUAGGGAGAAGCAGGGACAGAGCAGAGACAGAACAGGCCCGCACAGCCACGGCCAUCGGUGUGCUGUAACGCAGCACGCACAGCUUUCAGCUCUGACCUCCUCUGCAGGUCUGGCCCACCUAGAUGUUCAUACAGGGUUUCAAGUGGAAAUGAAUUUAACACAGUGAAAGCAGAACAACUCCAUGUUCCCCCACCUGCUGGCAUGGGCUGGCCUGGCCUCAGCAGCUGUGGUGAGGAGCAGGGAAGGAGCCAACCCCCAGCAGCCAGGCCCCUUCUUUCCAGCUCUAGGUUAUGCUGGAGAAACAAACCUGAGUACACUCACAGCCUUACAGCCAGUGUCCCCUUCACUCGUUCUGCUCCCCAUGCUCCAAAGCCACCUCCCCAAAUUCCCCUGAGGAGCACAGCAGGAAACCAGAAUCCAGAGAUGCUCCUCCAGCAUUUGGCCCAAGUCCCAGGGAAGAGCAGGGCCCGUGUGGUAAAGCUGCAAUCUCUCACGCGGGGUCACACCACUGCUCCAGCGUGCUCUUUGCUGUGCAGCUGCUGAGAAGAUUUUUAAGGUUUUGCUGCCAUCUUUCCAGGGCAGCUGAAGACGUGAUCUGGGCAGGUGCACACCGCUGAUGCACCCAUUUACCAGGCAUUCCCUAGUAUGACUUUUUAUGUUCCAGAGCGAGCUCAGAGCACCUCUCUGAUAACCGGGUAUCUGCCAGGCUAGCUGCUAUGAACAAUGGAUGGAGACAGAAGCUAUAGCAAGAAGAAAUGCCUGCCCAAGCCUUCUUGCCUUCUCCCAGCUGACAGACUUGUUCAAACCACUUCACCCAGCAUGAGAGAGGCAAGGGCAGAUGAGGAAGGGAGACUUUUAUCCAUCUGCAUAGAAUAGUCACAAUCCCAGGCACAGCCUCUCCUUCCCUUGGGAUUUAAGUUAUCAGCAACUCAUUCAUGAUGGGACCACAUCAAGCACAGAGGCUCCAUGCCAUUAGCAGGGAUUUGGGCCCCAGGUGUGGCCGCACACAUCCCAUAACCCAUCCCAGUGCAGAACCAGCAUUUGUCCCUCUUCCCACUCACCAGUGCUCCUUGACCCCAUUGUCCCUUGCUUUGGGCUCAUGUUUUCAGUGUAUUGACAUUGAAAUUAAAAAACAAAACAAAACAAAA